CGGUAAAGAGCCCUAAAAUAACUCAGAAUUACUCUGUGUCUCUAAUUAAUGAGACAUGUUUCUCCUGUCCGAACAACAUUGCUCAUCCCACUCUAGCCUAAUUCUUCGUUACAUUAGAUUCAAUUAGAAGUGGCAUAUUAUAAGAUAUUAACUAUAUAGCGAGCUCUUAGAUUACUUCCUUGUGCAAACUUUUUCCAUGGAAAAGUUUCCUUACCUCUCGGCCAAGGACGAUUACUCUCUGUUUAAUGUCGUGUGCAAGCAGAGAUCGCUGGAGACAAAUUCACCAUUUCUUCUGCACUUUGCUUAUCCACCUUCUCAUAAUUAUUCCAAUUGUGAUCUAUCUGCUCUUCACAACAUAAAUUCGCAGGCCAACAUUGCUUUUGGUGGAAAAUCAGCCAUCCCCACCAGCAAUACAUUUCAUUUCAAUUUAGAGCAGGGCAAGAAACGGAUAAAGAUAGAGAAAAUAAAGGAGGCAGAAAUGAAGUGUUACCUUAAAAAGACGGACAAACUUACAACUCCAUUGCGUCACAAUGAUUUCAUUCACGUAAGAGCCAGAAGGGAGCAGGCCAAAGAUAGACACAGCCUAGCAGAAAGGGUGAGAAGAGCGAAAAUCAACGAGCGCAUGAGAAUCUUAAGGGAGCUUGUUCCUGGGUGUGCCAAGACCGCGGGAGUAGCACUUAUACUUGAAGAAGUCAUCAACUAUGUGAAGUCACUGCAAAGUCGAGUGAAGUUGCUGUCAAUGAAGGUGGCAUGUGAGAGCGCUUCUAAUGACCUCAGGAUUGAAAUAAGCAAGGAAUUGCCUAGGGAGAUAGAGGGGGCAGAAGGAAUUCCAGAAACAAUUUCACAUGGCAAGAAAAACUCAAUUGAAGCACAAGAAGGUUCUCAUCUUUUUGGACUUUCCACAACUUAUGAUAACAUGCAACAAGAGGCCUGGUCCUUGCUGAGAGAAGAAACCAAACUAGAAUCUAUGGAAGCAAAUAAAUUGGACGGUGAGAUGCAGAAUUCAUUGAACGGAGGUCUCCAUCUCUAGUGAUUGAUAUUCAUUCACAUAUGAAAUAUAAAUCACAUUUCUUUAGUUUUAUUCAAUAUGGUUCACUUAUGUUUAGGUGACUAUUCUGUUGGAUUUAUUAAUAUUUCAUAAUGGUGUUUCUAAUUA